CCCGGAAGGGCGGAUGCUCCCGGCUGGAGAGAAAGGAAAGCCUGGUGGCGGGAAGUUUUUAUUGGACCGCAGCUGAAAGUGAAAGAAAUUUGGCUCUCCAAUUCAACGUUAGGAUGGCAUCCAUUUCAGCUCUGAGUGAGGAACUGGAUUCUAUAACCAAUGAGCUACAUGCAGUAGACAUUCAAAUUCAAGAACUUUUGGAAAGGCAACAGGAGCUUAUUCAGAAGAAAAAAAUCCUUGAAAAGAGAAUAAAGCAGUGUUCAGAGGAUCCUGAUGCUGGGGAAAGCAGUGAAUAUGAUUCUUCACCUGCCUCUUGGAAUAAAGAAGAUUUUCCAUGGUCUGGUAAAGUUAAAGAAGUUCUGCAAAAUAUCUUUAAACUGCAGAAGUUCAGGCCGCUUCAGCUGGAAACUAUUAAUGUAACGAUGUCUGGAAAGGAGGUAUUUCUCGUUAUGCCUACAGGAGGUGGGAAGAGCUUAUGCUACCAGUUACCAGCAUUAUGUUCAGACGGUUUUACACUCGUGAUUUGCCCAUUGAUCUCUCUUAUGGAAGACCAGUUAAUGGUUUUGAAACAAUUAGGAAUUUCAGCUACCAUGUUAAAUGCUUCUAGUUCUAAGGAGCAUGUGAAAUGGGUCCAUGCUGAAAUGGUAAAUAAAAACUCCAAGCUAAAGCUAAUUUAUGUGACUCCAGAGAAAAUUGCAAAAAGCAAGAUGUUUAUGUCAAGACUGGAAAAAGCCUAUGAAGCAAGGAGAUUUACCCGAAUUGCUAUAGAUGAAGUUCAUUGUUGUAGUCAGUGGGGACAUGAUUUCAGACCUGAUUAUAAGGCACUUGGUAUUCUGAAGCGGCAGUUCCCUAACACAUCGCUAAUUGGACUGACUGCCACUGCGACAAGUCAUGUUUUGAAGGAUGCUCAGAAAAUAUUGUGUGUGGAAAAGUGUUUUACUUUUACAGCUUCUUUUAAUCGACCUAAUCUCUAUUAUGAGGUUCGGCAGAAGCCCUCAAAUACUGAAGAUUUUAUUGAGGAUAUUGUAAAGCUUAUCAAUGGAAGAUACAAGGGGCAAUCAGGAAUCAUAUAUUGCUUUUCUCAGAAAGACUCUGAGCAAGUUACAGUUAGUUUACAGAAAUUGGGGAUUCAUGCGGGUGCUUACCAUGCCAACAUGGAACCAGAAGAUAAGACUACAGUUCAUAGAAGAUGGUCAGCCAAUGAAAUUCAGGUAGUGGUGGCAACAGUUGCAUUUGGGAUGGGAAUUGAUAAGCCAGAUGUGAGGUUUGUUAUUCAUCAUUCAAUGAGUAAAUCAAUGGAAAAUUAUUACCAGGAGAGUGGACGUGCAGGUCGAGAUGACAUGAAAGCAGACUGUAUUUUGUAUUAUGGCUUUGGAGAUAUAUUCAGGAUAAGUUCAAUGGUAGUAAUGGAAAAUGUGGGACAGCAGAAGCUUUAUGAGAUGGUAUCAUAUUGCCAAAACAUAAGCAAAUGUCGCCGUGUAUUGAUAGCUCAACAUUUUGAUGAAGUAUGGAACCCAGAAGAAUGUAACAAAAUGUGUGAUAAUUGCUGUAAAGAUACUUCAUUUGAGAGAAAGAACAUAACAGCGUACUGUAGAGAUCUAGUCAAGAUCUUGAAGCAGGCAGAGGAACUGAAUGAAAAGCUCACUCCACUGAAACUGAUCGAUUCUUGGUUGGGAAAGGGAGCAGCCAAACUCAGGGUAGCAGGCAUUGCUCCUCCCACACUUCCUCGUGAAGACCUGGAGAAAAUUAUUGCCCACUUUCUCAUACAGCAGUAUCUCAAAGAAGACUACAGUUUUACGGCUUAUGCUACCAUCUCCUACUUGAAAAUAGGACCUAAAGCUAAUCUUUUGAACAAUGAGGCACAUGUUAUUACUAUGCAAGUAAAGAAGCCCACACAGAGCUGUUUCAGGAUUGAAUCACCUCAAAGUUGUCAUUCUGAAGGAGCUGAUAAAAAGAGGGAAGAAAAAAAUUCAAGUAACUGCCAGAAGUCUGCACACAUGCUUCAGCAAUCUAACUGUAAUAAGACUAUAGGGGCUAAGAAAAGAAAAAUUGAUAAUGCAUGAGUAUUUCUAAAUUUUCCAAGAAAAUAUUUUAUGCAUGGAUACACUAUUAGUUUUGUAGUUAAUAAAAAGUUUGACAAUUUCAUUAAUAUUUUACACAUAUGGAACUAUAUUUUCAGAAUUUAUCUCUGAAGUAUUCAAGACUUGAGAAUUUGAGACCUUAUAAGACUGAAAUCUUGGAUUGUAUAAAUUUAGUGUGAAACAAGGGAAAAAUAAAUUACUGUAAAACACUUUAAGGAGUUCCCUGGUGGCUCAGUGGGUUAAGGAUCUGUCAUUGUCACCACUGUGGUGCAGGUUUAAUCUUUGGCCUAGGAACAUCUGCAUGCCUCAGGCACAGCCAAAAAAAGUGGGGGUUAUUGAAUAUAGUCUCCCCUCAAAACAAAAAAACCCUUUAAAUGUAAAAUAGUUAAGAGAAUAAGUUCAUAUAACUAUCUUAAGCUCUUUAUGCCUUGUCAUAACUAGCUGUAUUUUUUUCUUUUGACAUAACUGACUUCUGAUGUUAUUUAUACAGAAUAUUUUACACAGGCUCAUCACAGCAAGUAAAUGAUUUCAGGUUAUAAUAGCUGUAGGGAAUUCCCUUCAUGGCUUGGCGGUUAAUGAACCCAACUAGGAUCCAUGACGAUGAAGGUUCGAUCCCUGGCCUCACUCAGUGGGUUAAGGAUCCAGGGUUGCCUGUAGAUCACAGACAUGGCUUGGAUCCCGAGUUGCUGGGGCUGCAGUGUAGGCCAGUAGCUGUAGCUGAUUUGACCCCCAGCCUGGGAACCUCCAUGUGCCCUGAGGGUGGCCCUAAAAUAGC